GGAAGGGCAGCAAGGCAGCAAAGCAUCAAGAACAUCGUUGGCUGAACAAUACUACACACAUACCUACACACACACCCGUCCAUCUGGAAACACGGGACUGACUGUGCAUGCCAACACUGAUUGCGUUGGUGACUGUAGGCCAGGCAGGGAGGUGCGUCUAGUGCAGUUGGAAGGAAGAGGUAAAUGGGUGGUGCUUGUGUGAAUAUCGUGGCGACCGAGUGGAGGUGUUUUGUAGGUGACUGUGUAUCAACAGAUGUGUCUGUGUCAUAAUAAAAGCACUGCGGCUGUUAAUAUGGACAGAAGCAGCUCGGUCGUAGGCUACACGCAGUAGGCGACCUGACCGGGGAGGUAGGUCUCUCUCUCUCUCUCUCUCUCUCUCUCUCUCUCUCUCUCUUUUUCUAGUGUUUCCGUAUUUAUUGUGACAUCUGUGUGGCAUUUAAAUGUCAUUUUCUGUGUAAGGAAUGGUUUAAUGUGCGUAUGUUGCAGAAUUUCAAUGUGGACCUAUGUCAGUAUAGCUACAACCUUGGAAGGUGAAAUUGUGUCAGACUCAUCUUGUAUUCUUCUGCUGUCUACUACAUGCGAAUAAUGAGUAUAUUUCAGAUGAUUCCUCUAUGAAUUCUGGAUGUAGAAUAUACUUUAUUAGGGGGAUACUCCCACUUACUGUAGGUUAACAUGUACUACAACAUAAAUACAUAAAGUUACUGGUAUUUACUAAGAAAUUCUAACAAUGGUAAUAACACAGUAAUAACUUAUGUUUUUGUUUGUUUCUUUGAUGAAUUAAAACAGCAUUUUCAUAGGAAUUGGAGUAGAAACAAUUUGACAUUUAGUCCCACAUUAAGGGCAGCAAGAUGAAUGUCUCUCUCUCUCUCUCUCUCUCGCUCUCUCUCUCUCUCUCUCUCUCUCUCUCUCUCUCUCUCUCUCUCUCUCUCUCUCUCUCUCUCUCUCUCUCUCUUUUGCUCUCUUAUACACACACACACACACACAGGAUUGUAAGUCCGGCGGCAUAGGCCCAGACCCAGGCCCAGCUUCCGCCUUCUAACAGAACACAGCCAGCCACUCUGUAUGUAUGGCAACUAUUCACCAAGCUGAGCUGGUUUUCCGUUUCUGCUUGUGUGCUGGACAAUGAGGCUUUGAUCCCUGGCUGGGAUUCAACCUAGACCUUGAUCCAUGGAGAAUGCCUACAGUAUGGUUAGAAACAGAACUCACUGUAAUGUGACAUCUGCUAUUAGUCAAAGCAAAGGCCAUUUGGUUAGUUAAGAAAAGCUUGUCUACAUCAUAAUGACGAUGUAAACACAUUUGUUGUUGUUGUAGGCUACAAGUUAGCGUUUUACUCUAGCUGACCCUCGUCCUCCUGAUUGCUGUGUCAAUGGCUGGAUCCAAACACUCCGGUGACAUUGGCAAUCUUUUCCUCCAUUUGUAUCACUUUGCAGGUUACAAUGUUUCAUCAAGAUAAUUAAAAGGUGAGGUACUUUUCAGGCAGAGAGAUGGAGGAAACGGAUAAAGCAACAUUGUGUCGCAAUGCAAAAUAACUUGAGUUUUUAUUACCGGUAAUAUUAGGUCUGUUUGUUACUGCUACCUUCCUGUUAUGGUUGUGCAGGACAGACAGACUAACAGACUGACAGACUGAUAGACUAACAGACUGACAGACAGAUGGGCAGACAGACGGACAGGCAGACAGACUGACUGACAUACUAAUAGACUGACAGACAGACGGGCAGACAGACAGACUGACGAACAGACAGACAGAAGUAGGCAGCAUUGUCAGAUGUCUUCGCCCUGCUCGCCAGUCUCCACCACAAUGCAAUGCAGAAGGGCUUCACUCCUAUGGGACAGAGAGAAAUAAUGACAGUGCAGAAAUAAAAUGUGCACAUUCAAGUGCAAGUAUCAGUGUUUUGCACGUGUGCCAUAAAUCAAUUUUAGAUAGAGGAGCACAGUAAAUUUAGAACAGUGAUGUUGGCUCUAUUGAUUUGGCUGGUAUAAAUUUGCCUGCCAAUUUAAACAGCAACUGCACUUUGUGUGGAGAAUGAGAUACUGUAGAUAGACCAAUGCAUGAUCAACAGCUUUUUAGCCACUCAUUCUGUAGUGCUAAAUCUAUUUUACUACAUAAUUCUUUAUUUUUCCUUAUAGAAUUUGAGGGCAGAGAUAUUGGCUCUGGGUUUGUCCUCUUUCACAGGGCCCAACGCCAGUUGACCUGAGCUACAGUUAGACCUUGUCGUCUUCUCUAGUCUGGAUUAGCCCAGAACAUAUGAAAUGGGUCAAUCGGCAGCAGCACCAUGAGUUUCCUGCUCUUCUAUGAAUUCUGAAAUUAAUAUUUUCCUUCUUGCGAAACCUGAAAGAUACAUUUUAUUGGUAAAAGGGAUAACACCUCUUCUCUUGUUCGUCUAUUGCAAAGACUGCAAAGAUAUCACCCAUGAUUUUGUGUUGCGCCGUAGAAGUGUUGCACCGUAGAUACCAAUCUAAAACAGCCAUGUUGCCAACGGCUACACACAGUAAUACUGCUGGAGGAAGGGGGAAAUAAUGGCUCCUCUGUUCAUUAACAGGAAGUGAUAAUCAUAUAUCUGGGGCCACAUCCAAAAUAGAGCUCUGGUCAAAAGUAGUGCACUAUUUGGGAAGCAACCUGGAAGUAGUCUCCUCUCGUCUGUUUUAAACAUGACUAAAUUAUGUGGUGACUGGCGAGGCUAUCAGCUGUUUUAAACACCACUAGAUGAUGUGGGGACUGGCGAAGCUAUCAGCUGUUUUAAACACCACUAGAUGAUGUGGGGACUGGCGAGGCUAUCAGCUGUUUUAAACACCACUAGAUGAUGUGGGGACUGGCGAAGCUAUCAGCUGUUUUAAACACCACUAGAUGAUGUGGGGACUGGCGAGGCUAUCAGCUGUUUUAAACACCACUAGAUGAUGUGGGGACUGGCGAGGCUAUUGGCUGACUGCUUGUCUUCUGUUCUCCACCAUCCUCCAGAUCAUGGAGGACAGCCCUCCACACUUCCUCCAGCAGAAGGGCUAAGAGAAGCUUCCAGGCAGCGCUGACUGACUGACUGACCGCUCUGCUCCCCCCAUGGCCAACAACAGCAGUCCAGCCCGGGGCCAGGUUCAGGGCCCCGUGGCCAACAGCAGUCCAUCCCAGCCUCAGGGCCAGGCCGGGGCUGUAGUGGAGUCCUUCUCCUCCCAGCCUGAUGUGGUGGUCUACUGCAAGCUGUGCCUUAGUGAGCACCCCUCAGUAGCAACCAGCACACUGCACACCUGUGACUGUGUCUUCUGCACCCGGGUAGGUAGACAACACAAUCCUGCCACAACUUCUCUUCUCAUAUCUGAUGCUGGGCAAGGAAAUGCCUGUAUUUUCUAUUCUCUCUCUAUUUUCACUUAACAAGACUCAGCGUUCAAGCAGGACAUACAGUAUCUAUCUGCCGAAUCAAAAAUAUAUAUUUAAUCACUGCUUUCCUGAAAUAAUUUAGUUUCUCUUUCACUUUUAUCUCUGGCAUGCAGUACUCCAGCUGACUUCCUAUUGAUUUGUGUUCAGUCAGUCUGUAUCCAUCCGCACUGAGGUGGAGGUGAUGUGCCUUGACACGGAUAGAGAGAUAUCCUGGCGUGGGGUUGGUUGGCUGGCAGGUGCUAAUCUCUGCCUGGCUGCUGGUGUCGCUCGGAGCACCAGUCUGAGUUGGUAGGCCAAGGUCAAACAUAGGGUGCAUCUCUAUGGGGCCUGGACAGUAGUGCACUAUAUAGGGAAUACGGUGCCAUUUGGAACACAGCCAUAGAGAGAUACUGUCAACACAACACUGGUUACCACUUACCAGUACUAUGCACCGAUUGACAAUACACCGCAUGCUUUCUGCAUUCUGCUGUUGCUAUGGUAGCUGAGUGAGGCUUGGCGUGACUCUUCUGACAAACAAAACAGCAGGUUUUUGCAUGAACAGGCUCGCAGGACUGCAUUUUUUUGGCUGCUUUGUCUUUAGCAUCAAAUCAUUUCUAAGAGACGAGUCUAGUUCAAGUGCUAGUUACUGUAUAUCUCAGAUACUGUCAACAUCAACAUCAAUCCAGGGCCACUUUUAGUAGGUGAACGUUGUAGAACGUUGCAGAUAAAAAUGUAAUGGUCAGAGCUGACGUGAGUCCUUACUCUACAUGUCUACAGAGAGGCAUGUUUGUUCUGAACAUUUCACAACGUUGUGCCCUGCUGAACAUGGCCCUGCUCUCUGGUUCUGUCCAUAGACAUACAGUGGGGAAAAAAAGUAUUUAGUCAGCCACCAAUUGUGCAUGUUCUCCCACUUAAAAAGAUGAGAGAGGCCUGUAAUUUUCAUCAUAGGUACACGUCAACUAUGACAGACAAAAUGAGAAAAAAAAUCCAGAAAAUCACAUUUUUUAAUGAAUUUAUUUGCAAAUUAUGGUGGAAAAUAAGUAUUUGGUCACCUACAAACAAGCAUGAUUUCUGGCCCUCACAGACCUGUAACUUCUUCUUUAAGAUGCUCCUCUGUCCUCCACUCGUUACCUGUAUUAAUGGCACCUGUUUGAACUUGUUAUCAGUAUAAAAGACACCUGUCCACAACCUCAAACAGUCACACUCCAAACUCCACUAUGGCCAAGACCAAAGAGCUGUCAAAGGACACCAGAAACAAAAUUGUAGACCUGCACCAGGCUGGGAAGACUGAAUCUGCAAUAGGUAAGCAGCUUGGUUUGAAGAAAUCAACUGUGGGAGCAAUUAUUAGGAAAUGGAAGACAUACAAGACCACUGAUAAUCUCCCUCGAUCUGGGGCUCCACACAAGAUCUCACCCCGUGGGGUCAAAAUGAUCACAAGAACGGUGAGCAAAAAUCCCAGAACCACACGGGGGGACCUAGUGAAUGACCUGCAGAGAGCUGGGACCAAAGUAACAAAGCCUACCAUCAGUAACACACUACGCCGCCAGGGACUCAAAUCCUGCAGUGCAAGACGUGUCCCCCUGCUUAAGCCAGUACAUGUCCAGGCCCGUCUGAAGUUUGCUAGAGUGCAUUUGGAUGAUCCAGAAGAGGAUUGGGAGAAUGUCAUAUGGUCAGAUGAAACCAUAAUAGAACUUUUUGGUAAAAACUCAACUCGUCGUGUUUGGAGGACAAAGAAUGCUGAGUUGCAUCCAAAGAACACCAUACCUACUGUGAAGCAUGGGGGUGGAAACAUCAUGCUUUGGGGCUGUUUUUCUGCAAAGGGACCAGGAUGACUGAUCCGUGUAAAGGAAAGAAUGAAUGGGGCCAUGUAUCGUGGGUCUUUCAGCAUGACAAUGAUCCCAAACACACCGCCCGGGCAACGAAGGAGUGGCUUCGUAAGAAGCAUUUCAAGGUCCUGGAGUGGCCUAGCCAGUCUCCAGAUCUCAACCCCAUAGAAAUUCUUUGGAGGGAGUUGAAAGUCCGUGUUGCCCAGCGACAGCCCCAAAACAUCACUGCUCUAGAGGAGAUCUGCAUGGAGGAAUGGGCCAAAAUACCAGCAACAGUGUGUGAAAACCUUGUGAAGACUUACAGAAAACGUUUGACCUGUGUCUGUCACGCCCUGGCUCUGGGGACUCUAGUAUGUUGAGCCAGGGUGUGAGUUUUCAUUUGUUUAUGUUCUAGUUGUUGUAAUUCUAUGUUGGCCAGGGUGGCUCCCAAUCAGAGACGGCUGUAGCUCGUUGUCUCUGAUUGGGAGUCAUACUUAGGUAGCCGUUAGGCAUUCAUUAUUUGUGGUUUCUUGUUCCGUGUUGGUUUGUUUAUGUAACCAGGGACGUCACGUUUCGUUUUGUUGUUUUGAUCGUGUGAUCAUUCUAAUAAAUAAAAUGUUCGCAUUCAACGCUGCGCCUUGGUCCUCCUCUAUGAAUGACGAUCGUGACAGUGUCAUUGCCAACAAAGGGUAGAUAACAAAGUAUUGAGAAACUUUUGUUAUUGACCAAAUACUUAUUUUCCACCAUAAUUUGCAAAUAAAUUCAUUAAAAAUCCUACAAUGUGAUUUUCUGGAUUUUUUUCUUCUCAUUUUGUCUGUCAUAGUUGACGUGUACCUAUGAUGAAAAUUACAGGCCUCUCUCAUCUUUUUAAGUGGGAGAACUUGCACAAUUGGUGGCUGACUAAAUACUUUUUUCCCCCACUGUACAUGUAUUUGUAAGUCGCUCUGGAUAAGAGCGUCUGCUAAAUGAUGUAAAUGUAAAUAUAAAUGUAUUCACAUCUGUGUUUAUGUCAUUGGUUGUCUGUCCCCUCAGUGUCUGCAGCAGUAUGUUCAGCUGGCCAUCCGGGAGGGUGGGGGCAGCCCAGUCACAUGUCCAGACAUGGCCUGUCAGAGGACGGGAGUCCUGCUCCACUCAGAGGUACUAGGCUUAUACUGGAUGUUAUGCUGUGGCUACGUCCCAAAUGGCACCCUAUUCCCUUUGUAGUGCACUACCUUUGACCAGGGCCCAUAGGGAAUUAUAUAGGGAAUAAGGUGCCAUUUGGGACACAUUCAUUGUCUGUUCAAAGAACCACUGGUACACAUCAAUGUUUAGACCAUUUGACUAUUACACUGCUACAUUGCUAUUACACUCAUAUGUAUUUGCCUGUUAACACUAGUAGGGUUGGGUACCGUUGGGUAAGAUGAAUUUGCCAACCCUUUCUACAUCUUACAUCAUGCCACCACACCUUGAACUUGCAAAUGUCAUUGUCAAGUGUAAAUGGUAAAUAGCCUACAGCACAGGCCAAUGUAGUGUUGCAAUCAGGUCAGGGAGUUUGGUAAUCAACACCUCUUCUCUUGAAAUGAUUAUCCCUGCGUUAAAUUCUGCAUUGCUAUAGAAUGCAAUACAUUUAAUUUCUGUGGAAUGCAUUACAUUGAAGCCUGGUCUCAGAUCUGUUUGUGACAAUGACCAUAGAAGUUGGCUAUAUAGCACAAACUGAUCUGGGACCAGGCUGGUCCUCCUGUGAUUUUAAGGCAAUAUCACAGACGUGAGCCAUUCUGUUUUUUUUUGUGUGUUGUUUUGCAGAUAGCCUGUUUUGCCCCUGCGGAUCAGGUGGAGCUGUACCAGCGGCUGGAGUUUGAACAAGGUACGGUACCGUUCAUUAGCAUUAGCAUGCUGGUGAGUUGACUGGUGACGGCGCUCAUGGCAACCAGGCUAUUUCAGGUCUGGGCCAUCUGGUAACAGUGAGCUGAGCUGUCCUGAGCCCGCCUCUAGCAUCGACAUGCCUGACAUAUUGUGGGAUUAUUGUACCGAGAGAGACUCCCUCUAGUCCUUAUCUUGACUCCCUCCCUCCCACCCCGUCCCAGUCCAGCUGAAAGGUUAUUGUAACUUUAGUAGCUACUAGACGGUCGGUCGAGCUACCAGAUUAGCAUAAGGCGAUUUAUAAAUAGCAGUCUAAGAAUUACUGGAAAUUAUGAAGUUGUUAUUGUUCUGUCUGUCCACAGUUUCUGUUGGUGAACACAUAUGGUUCGUUGUUGGCUUUUGUUUAGAGGCAAAGUAAUUUCUGAGAAUGUGAAGAGAAGAAAACAGUGUAGAAAAGGUCUCAGCUGGUUUGACAUUUACAAAUUGGAAUCUGAGGUUGGUUGGUUUGCCUUGAGGCAACAACACACUAAAACCAAUAUUAGUCACCGUUCAGUCAUAAAUCAAAUACCAUAAAAAAUUGGAUCUAGGAAAAGUCUAACAAAGUGCACCAAAUAUUUUAUUAUGGUGCUCCCCUUAUAAAGGACAACAUGGAAUGUGCCUUUGUUACGAAAGCAGUUAGAAACCCCACUGAAAACCCUGCCCUGGCACAUCUAGGAAAGGCAGGCCUACAGUGCUUUCAGAAAGUAUUCACACCUCUUGACUUUUUACAAGGUGGGAUUAAUAUGGAUUUAAUUGUCAUUUUUUGUCAACGAUCUACACAAAAUACUCUGUAAUGUCAAAGUGGAAGAAAAAUUCAAACAUUUGUAAAAAAAUUAAUAUAUAUAUAUUAAAAAUAAAAUAAACUAAUAUAUAUAUACAGUGGGGAAAAAAAGUAUUUAGUCAGCCACCAAUUGUGCAAGUUCUUCCACUUAAAAAGAUGAGAGAGGCCUGUAAUUUUUAUCAUAGGUACACGUCAACUAUGACAGACAAAAUGAGCAAAAAAAAUCCAGAAAAUCACAUUGUAGGAUUUUUUAUGAAUUUAUUUGCAAAUUAUGGUGGAAAAUAAGUAUUUGGUCAAUAACAAAAGUUUCUCAAUACUUUGUUAUAUACCCUUUGUCGGCAAUGACACAGGUCAAACGUUUUCUGUAAGUCUUCACAAGGUUUUCACACACUGUUGCUGGUAUUUUGGCCCAUUCCUCCAUGCAGAUCUCCUCUAGAGCAGUGAUGUUUUGGGGCUGUCACUGGGCAACACAGACUUUCAACUCCAUCCAAAGAUUUUCUAUGGGGUUGAGAUCUGGAGACUGGCUAGGCCACUCCAGGACCUUGAAAUGCUUCUUACGAAGCCACUCCUUCGUUGCCCGGGCGGUGUGUUUGGGAUCAUUGUUAUGCUGAAAGACCCAGCCACGUUUCAUCUUCAAUGCCCUUGCUGAUGGAAGGAGGUUUUCACUCAAAAUCUCACGAUACAUGGCCCCAUUCAUUCUUUCCUUUACACGGAUCAGUCAUCCUGGUCCCUUUGCAGAAAAACAGCCCCAAAGCAUGAUGUUUCCACCCCCAUGCUUCACAGUAGGUAUGGUGUUCUUUUGAUGCAACUCAGCAUUCUUUGUCCUCCAAACACGACGAGUUGAGUUUUUACCAAAAAGUUCUAUUUUGGUUUCAUCUGACCAUAUGACAUUCUCCCAAUCCUCUUCUGGAUCAUCCAAAUGCACUCUAGCAAACUUCAGACGGGCCUGGACAUGUACUGGCUUAAGCAGGGGGACACGUCUUGCACUGCAGGAUUUGAGUCCCUGGCGGCGUAGUGUGUUACUGAUGGUAGGCUUUGUUACUUUGGUCCCAGCUCUCUGCAGGUCAUUCACUAGGUCCCCCCGUGUGGUUCUGUGAUUUUUGCUCACCGUUCUUGUGAUCAUUUUGACCUCACGGUGUGAGAUCUUGCGUGGAGCCCCAGAUCGAGGGCGAUUAUCAGUGGUCUUGUAUGUCUUCCAUUUCCUAAUAAUUGCUCCCACAGUUGAUUUCUUCAAACCAAUUUGCUUACCUAUUGCAGAUUCAGCCUUCCCAGCCUGGUGCAGGUUUACAAUUUUGUUUCUGGUGUCCUUUGACAGCUCUUUGGUCUUUGCCAAAGUGGAGUUUGAAGUGUGACUGUUUGAGGUUGUGGACAGGUGUCUUUUAUACUGAUAACAAGUUCAAACAGGUGCCAUUAAUACAGGUAACGAGUGGAGGACAGAGGAGCCUCAUAAAUAAGAAGUUACAGGUCUGUGAGAGCCAGAAAUCUUGCUUGUUUGUAGGUGACCAAAUACUUAUUUUCCACCAUAAUUUGCAAAUAAAUUCAUCAAAAAUCCUACAAUGUGAUUUUCUGGAUUUUUUUUUCUUAAUUUGUCUGUCAUAGUUGAUGUGUACCUAUGAUGAAAAUUACAGGCCUCCCUCAUCUUUUUAAGUGGGAGAACUUGCACAAUUGGUGGCUGACUAAAUACUUUUUUUCCCCACUGUAUAUAUAUAUAUAUAUAUAUAUAUAUAUAUAUAUAUAUAUAAGUAUUCAACCCCCUUAGUCAAUACAUGUUAGAAUCACCUUUGGUGUCGAUUACAGCUGUGAGACUUUCUGGGUAAGUCUCUAAAAGCUUUGCACACCUGGAUUGUACAAUAUUUGCACAUUAUUAUUUUAAAAAUUCUUCAAGCUCUGUCAAGUUGGUUGUUUAUCAUUGCUAGGCAGCCAUUUUCAAGUCUUGCCAUAGAUUUUCAAGCCAAUUUAAGUCAAAACUGUAACUAGGCCAUUCAGGAACAUUCAGUGUCGUGUAUUUUGUAUAUUUGGCCUUGUGUUUUAGGUUAUUGUCCUGCUGAAAGGUGAAUUUGUCUCCCAGUGUCUGUUGGAAAGCAGACUGAACCAGGUUUUCCUCUAAGAUUUUGCCUGUGCUUAGCUCUAUUCCGUUUAUUUUUAUCCUAAAAAAAUCCCUAGUCCUUGCCGAUGACAAGCAUACCCAUAACAUGAUGCAGCCACCACCAUGCUUGAAAAUAUGAAGAGUGGUACUCAGUGAUGUGUUGUGUUGAAUUUGCCCUAAACAUAAUGCUUCCUAUACAGGACAUAAAGUUCAUUUCUUUGCCAUAUUUAGUGCCUUAUUGCAAACAGGAUGCAUGUUUUGGAAUAUUUGUAUUCUGUACAGGCUUCCUUCUUUCACUCUGUCAUUUAAGUUAGUAUUGUAGAGUAACUACACUGUUGUUGAUCCAUCUUCAGUUUUCUCCUAUCACAGCCAUUAAACUGUAACUGUUUUAAAGUCACCAUUGGCCUCAUGGUGAAAUCCCUGAGCGGUUUCCUUCCUCUCCGGCAACUGAGUUAGGAAGGUGCCUGUACAGUGGGGGAAAAAAGUAUUUAGUCAGCCACCAAUUGUGCAAGUUCUCCCACUUAAAAAGAUGAGAGAGGCCUGUAAUUUUCAUCAUAGGUACACGUCAACUAUGACAGACAAAAUGAGAAAAAAAAUCCAGAAAAUCACAUUGUAGGUUUUUAAUGAAUUUAUUUGCAAAUUAUGGUGGAAAAUAAGUAUUUGGUCAAUAACAAACGUUUCUCAAUACUUUGUUAUAUACCCUUUGUUGGCAAUGACACAGGUCAAACGUUUUCUGUAAGUCUUCACAAGGUUUUCACACACUGUUGCUGGUAUUUUGGCCCAUUCCUCCAUGCAGAUCUCCUCUAGAGCAGUGAUGUUUUGGUGCUGUCGCUGGGCAACACGGACUUUCAACUCUCUCCAAAUAUUUUUUAUGGGGUUGAGAUCUGGAGACUGGCUAGGCCACUCCAGGACCUUGAAAUGCUUCUUACGAAGCCACUCCUUCGUUGCCCGGGCGGUGUGUUUGGGAUCAUUGUUAUGCUGAAAGACCCAGCCACGUUUCAUCUUCAAUGCCCUUGCUGAUGGAAGGAGGUUUUCACUCAAAAUCUCACGAUACAUGGCCCCAUUCAUUCUUUCCUUUACACGGAUCAGUCAUCCUGGUCCCUUUGCAGAAAAACAGCCCCAAAGCAUGAUGUUUCCACCCCCAUGCUUCACAGUAGGUAUGGUGUUCUUUUGAUGCAACUCAGCAUUCUUUGUCCUCCAAACACGACGAGUUGAGUUUUUACCAAAAAGUUCUAUUUUGGUUUCAUCUGACCAUAUGACAUUCUCCCAAUCCUCUUCUGGAUCAUCCAAAUGCACUCUAGCAAACUUCAGACGGGCCUGGACAUGUACUGGCUUAAGCAGGGGGACACGUCUUGCACUGCAGGAUUUGAGUCCCUGGCGGCGUAGUGUGUUACUGAUGGUAGGCUUUGUUACUUUGGUCCCAGUUCUCCGCAGGUCAUUCACUAGGUCCCCCCGUGUGGUUCUGGGAUUUUUGCUCACCGUUCUUGUGAUCAUUUUGACCCCACGGGGUGAGAUCUUGCGUGCUGCCCCAGAUCGAGGGAGAUUAUCAGUGGUCUUGUAUGUCUUCCAUUUCCUAAUAAUUGCUCCCACAGUUGAUUUCUUCAAACCAAGCUGCUUACCUAUUGCAGAUUCAGUCUUCCCAGCCUGGUGCAGGUCUACAAUUUUGUUUCUGGUGUCCUUUGACAGCUCUUUGGUCUUGGCCAUAGUGGAGUUUGGAGUGUGACUGUUUGAGGUUGUGGACAGGUGUCUUUUAUACUGAUAACAAGUUCAAACAGGUGCCAUUAAUACAGGUAACGAGUGGAGGACAGAGGAGCCUCUUAAACAAGAAGUUACAGGUCUGUGAGAGCCAGAAAUCUUGCUUGUUUGUAGGUGACCAAAUACUUAUUUUCCACCAUAAUUUGCAAAUAAAUUAAUAAAAAAUCCUACAAUGUGAUUUUCUGGAUGUUUUCUCCUCAAUUUGUCUGUCAUAGUUGACGUGUACCUAUGAUGAAAAUUACAGGCCUCUCUCAUCUUUUUAAGUGGGAGAACUUGCACAAUUGGUGGCUGACUAAAUACUUUUUUCCCCCACUGUAUCUUUGUAGAUCUGGGUGUACUGAUACACCAUCCAAAGUGUAAUUAAUAACUUCACCAUGCUCAAAGGGAUAUUCAAUGUCUGAUUGUUUUUGUAUAGUCGUGGUCAAAAGUUUUGAGAAUGACACAAAUACUAAUUUUCACAAAGUCUACUGCCUCAGUUUUGAUGAUGGCAAUUUGCAUAUACUCCAGAAUGUUAUGAAGAGUGAUCAGAUGAAUUGCAAUUAAUUGCAAAGUCCCUCUUUGCCAUGAAAAUGAACUUAAUCCCCAAAAAACAUUUCCACUGCAUUUCAGCCCUGCCACAAAAGGACCAGCUGCCAUCAUGUCAGUGAUUCUCUCGUUAACACAGGUGAGAGUGUUGACGAGGACAAGGCUGGAGAUCACUCUGCCAUGCUGAUUGAGUUAGAAUAACAGACUGGAAGCUUUAAAAGGAGGGUGGUACUUGAAAUCAUUGUUCUUCCUCUGUUAACCAUGGUUACCUGCAAGGAAACACAAUGCCGAAAAUGAUGACAUGGCUUUAGAAGCUUCUGAUAGGCUAAUUGACAUCAUUUGAGUCAAUUGGAGGUGUACCUGUGGAUGUAUUUCAAGGCCUACCUUCAAACUCAGUGCCUCUUUGCUUGACAUCAUGGGAAAAUCAAAAGAAAUCAGCCAAGACCUCCGAAAAAAAAUGGUAGACCUCCACAAGUCUGAUUCAUCCUUGGGAGCAAUUUCCAAAUGCCUGAAGGUACCACGUUCAUCUGUACAAACAAUAGUACGCAAGUAUAAACACCAUGGGACCACUCAGCCGUCAUACCGCUCAGGAAGGUGAUGCGUUCUGUCUCCUAGAGAUGAACGUACUCUGGUGUGAAAAGUGCAAAUAAAUCCCAGAACAACAGCAAAGGACCUUGUGAAGAUUCUGGAGGAAACAGGUACAAAAGUAUCUAUAUCCACAGUAAAACGAGUCCUAUAUCGACAUAACCUGAAAGGCCGCUCAGCAAGGAAGAAGCCACUGACCAAGACCGCCAUAAAAAAGCCAGACUACGGUUUGCAACUGCACAUGGGGACAAAGAUAGUACUUUUUGGAGAAAUAUCCUCUGGUCUGAUGAAACAAAAAUAGAAUUGUUUGCCCAUAAUGACCAUCGUUAUGUUUGGAGGAAGAAGGGGGUAGCUUGCAAGGCGAAGAACACCAUCCCAACCGUGAAGAACGGGGGUGGCAGCAUCAUGUUGUGGGUGUGCUUUGAUGCAGGAGGGACUGGUGCACUUCACAAAAUAGAUGGCAUCAUGAGGAAGGAAAAUUAUGUGGAUAUAUUGAAGCAACAUAUCAAGACAUCAGUCAGGAAGUUAAAGCUUGGUCGCAAAUGGGUCUUCCAAAUGGACAAUGACCCCAAGCAUACUUCCAAAGUUGUGGCAAAAUGGCUUAAGGACAACAAAGUCAAGGUAUUGGAGUGGCCAUCACAAAGCCCUGACCUCAAUCCUAUAGAAAAUGUAUGGGCAGAACUGAAAAAGCGUGUGUGAGCAAGGAGGCCUACAAACCUGACUCAGUUACACCAGUUCUGUCAGGAGGAAUGGGCCAAAAUUCACCCAAAUUAUUGUGGAAAGCUUGUGGAAGGCUACCCGAAACGUUUGACCCAAGUUAAACAAUUUAAAGGCAAUGCUACCAAAUACUAAUUGAGUGUAUGUAAACUUCUGACCCACUGGGAAUGUGAUGAAAGAAAUAAAAGCUGAAAUAAAUAAUUCUCUCUACUAUUAUUUUGACAUUUCACAUUCUUAAAAUAAAGUGGUUAUCCUAACUGACCUAAAACAGGGAAUGUUUACUAGGAUUAAAUGUCAGGAAUUGUGAAAAACUGAGUUUAAAUGUAUUUGGCUAAGGUGUAUGUAAACUUCCGACUUCAACUGUAAAUCAACCAUUUAUCGGAUCAUCAAGAACUUCAAUUGUUGUGAAGAAGGCGUCAGGGCGCCCAAGAAAGUCCAGCAAGCGCCAGGACCGUCUCCUAAAGUUGAUUCAACUGCGGGAUCGGGGCACCACAAGUGCAGAGCUUGCUCAGGAAUGGCAGUAGGCAGGUGUGAGUGCAUCUGCACGCACAGUGAGGCAAAUACUUUUGGAGGAUGGCCUGGUGUCAAGAAGGGCAGCAAAGAAGCCACUUCUCUCCAGGAAAAACAUCAGGGACAGACUGAUAUUCUUCAAAAGGUACAGGGAUUGGACUGCUGAGGACUGGGGUAAAGUCAUUUUCUCUGAUUAAUCCCCUUUCCGAUUGUUUGGGGCAUCCGGAAAACACCUUGUCCGGAGAAGACAAGGUGAGCGCUACCAUCAGUCCUGUGUCAUGCCAACAGUAAAGCAUCCUGAGACCAUUCAUGUGUGGGGUUGCUUCUCAGCCAAGGGAGUGGGCUCACUCACAAUUUUGCCUAAGAACACAGCCAUGAAUAAAGAAUGGUACCAACACAUCCUCCAAGAGCAACUUCUCCCAACCAUCCAAGAACAGUUUGGUGACGACCAAUGCCUUUUCCAGCAUGAUGGAGCACCUUGCCAUAAGGCAAAAGUGAUAACUAAGUGGCUCGGGGAACAAAACAUCAAUAUUUUGGGUCCAUGGCCAGGAAACUCCCCAGACCUUAAUCCCAUUGAGAACUUGUGGUCGAUCCUCAAGAGGCGGGUGGACAAACAAAAACCCACAAAUUCUGACAUACUCCAAGCAUUGAUUAUGCAAGAAUGGGCUGCCAUCAGUCAGGAUGUGGCCCAGAAGUUAAUUGACAGCAUGCCAGGGCGGAUUGCAGAGGUCUUGAAAAAGAAGGGUCAACACUGCAAAUAUUGACUAUUUUCAUAAACUUAAUGUAAUUGUCAAUAAAAGCCUUUGACACUUAUGGAAUGCUUGUAAUUAUACUUCAGUAUACCAUAGUAACAUCUGACAAAAAUAUCUCAUAACACUGAAGCAGCGAACUUUGUGAAGACCAAUACUUGUGUCAUUCUCAAAACUUUUGACCACGACUGUACAUAUUUUUUUUUACCUAUUCACUGCUCGACUGAGGGACCUUACAGAUAAUUGUAUGUGUAAGGUACAGAGAUGAGGUAGUCAUUCAAAAAUCAUGUUAAACACUAUUAUUGCACACAGUGAGUCCAUGCAACUUAUGUGACUUGUUAAGCAAAUGUUUACUCCUGAACUUGUUUAGGUUUACCAUAACAAAUAGGUUGAAUACUUAUUGACGCAAGAUGUUUCAGCUUUUCAUUUUUAAAUUAAUUUGUACACAUUUCUAAAAACAAUAUUCUACUUUGGGGGUGUGGAGGCCAGCGACACAAAAUCUCAAUUCAACCAAUUUUAAAUGCAGGCAGUAACACAACAAAAUGUAGAAAAAGUCAAGGUUGUGAAUUCUUUCUGAAGGCACUGUAUCUAGGAUCCUCUACCCUCUAUAUCUAAUACCUUGCUUUGGGUGUCAUUCUAUAGACAUACAUACAGGUAACUGCCAAAAUAAAAUAAAGCUUCUUAAUAGGACGUUGGGCCACCACGAGCUGCCAGAACAUGGCAUAGAUUCUACAAGUGUCUGGAACUAUUGGAGGGAUGCGACACCAUUCUUCAAUGAGAAAUUCAAUAAUUUGGUGUUUUGUUGAUGGUGGUGGAAAGCUCUGUCUCAGACGCCACUCCAGAAUCUCUCAUGAGUGUUCAAUUAGGUUGAGAUCUGCUAACUGAGACACACACGCCACACACAGACACACACACACAGACACACACACACACACACACAAAUCCCCUAUGCUCUUUUGAGACCCCUCUUUCAAAGUCAUUGAGAUUUCCUCUAGCCAUGGUAGCCAAAAUAAUGGGCAACUGGGCAUGAUGGAAUGUUAAGUGCUUAAUUAACUCAGGAACCACACCUGUGUGGAAGCACCUGCUUUCAAUAUACUAUAUAUCCCUCAUUUACUCAAGUGUUUCCUUUAUUUUGGCAGUUACCUGUAUAUGUAUAUACAUGUGUUUAUAUACAUCAUUGGUUUGUUAUGUUUCAGGGGUGCAGCUGGACCCUAGUAGAGCAUGGUGCCCGGUGCUGGAGUGCCAGGCUGUCUGCAGCGUCGGGCCCAGCUCAGAGGGCCAGCCUACGUCCGUGCCCUGUCCAGCCUGCCACACUGUCUUCUGCUCUGGCUGUAGAGGGCCCUGGCAGGACGGGCACGCCUGCCCCGAGCACCAGCCUAUGACAUCAUCAUCACCUGACUCAGAGAGCAGGUCAGUCAGUCACAGUCAGUGUAAAAAAUAUUGUAACAAAAAAAAACGAAUGAAGGCAGAUUGAAGCCGCUUAUGUGUUGGCAGUAGAGUUGUUAGUCAUUUUGGAAAUAAGUAAAAUCAACAAUUUGGUAAGAGUUUCUUGCCUUUUAGACAAGUUAACUACAACCUGUGCCAUUUUUUGUGUGCCACAGACAGUGUGCUCCCAGUGUCCCGCUAUAUCUGCUGCAUACAGUAUUCCACCCCUUCCACCCUUCACUGUUGUCAGUGUGUGUGUGUGUGUGUGUGUGUGUGUAUGUGUGCAUGUGUGUGUGUGUUAUUGGAAGGUGUGGAGGAAAGCAUAAUGGAAUACCAUUGUGUCCCUGCCAAAGGGGAGGAGUAGGGGAGUCAGUCAGUAAAUCCAUUUCUGUUGCUUUGACAACGCGAAGUGCCUCAUGUACUGGAGGAAAUGUCCUUGAAUCGAUGGGUUUAUUCUACUAAAGUAUAACAACAUCAGACGAGACUAGAAAGUCUUUUAAAAUCUUAGAGUUGAGCCCCACAGUAUGAGAGACAGAAUGCCAGUUUGAUAUUGUUUUGGGGGAUUAACAAUAUUUGUCCAUUUAGUAAUACAAUGCAGUUCAUUCAAUCCCUCCUGAUCAUGGUAUUCAGUCAACUGGUUCCCUCGUAGUUUCUUCUCCCCAAAUAAAUUCAGUUAAGCAGCCAAUUAACAUGAGUGUUAAAUAAAGAUGACAGUCUGUGCCUCAGCUCCCAUGCUUUAACCCUGCCAACACCAUAGAAUUAUAUAUACACUAUAAUGUAUAGACAUUAUUAACAUUAUUAUUCUAAUUCUCUGUCUGAACCCUCUCUCCCCCACCACCUCUCCCACACUUCUCCCUCACAUCCCUCUCCACCUCUCCCCUCCCCUCUCCCCCUUUCUUUCCCCACCUCUCCCCCACCUCUGCACCCCUCACCCACCUGUCCUCAGGGGCCGGUCAUGCAGUGACUCUGAUCUACCCAUCAAGCCGUGCCCCAUGUGUGGCGUGUACAUCGAGAGGAACCAGGGCUGUGCCCAGAUGCUGUGUAAGAGCUGCAAACACACUUUCUGCUGGUACUGUCUGCAGAACCUGGAUGUAAGUCCAUAUGCAGUUAUAAAUGCUUCAAUAAGUCUGAACCUGAGUGUUGUAUGUUUAUGGUGAUACUGUAUCCCUCUGUUAAGGUGAUAUAUUUCUGAGGCACUAUGAUAACUGUUGUUAUAUGUUUAGGAUGAUAUAUUUCUGAGGCACCAUAAUAACUGUUGUUAUAUGUUUAGGGUGAUAUAUUCAUGAGGCACUAUGAUAACUGUUGUUAUAUGUUUAGGGUGAUAUAUUUUUGAGGCACUAUGAUAACUGUUGUAAUAUGUUUAGGGUGAUAUAUUUCUGAGGCACUAUGAUAACUGUUGUUAUAUGUUUAUAGUGAUAUAUUUCUGAGGCACUAUGAUAACUGUUGUUAUAUGUUUAGGGUGAUAUAUUUCUGAGGCACUAUGAUAACUGUUGUUAUAUGUUUAGGGUGAUAUAUUUCUGAGGCACUAUGAUAAGGGGCCAUGCAGGAACAAGCUGGGCCACUCCCGAGCCUCCGUCAUGUGGAACAGAACACAGGUGAGGUGACUCUUCUUAUUAUACACCCUAGUAACCCAGGAAACCUGUGUUUUGCUCUAUCAACUUUUCUUGUAUGCCUGAAUCAACAGUCAUUGGCCUGACAUUUUGUACGUGACAUUCACAUUUAUUGGCCCCCUGCUAAACACCCUGUGUGUGUGUGUGUGUGUGUGUGUGUGUGUGUGUGUGUGUGUGUGUGUGUGUGUGUGUGUGUGUGUGUGUGUGUGUGUGUGUGUGUGUGUGUGUGUGUGUGUGUGCGCGUGCGUGUGCGUGUGAACCCUUUCCUCUUGGCAGGUGGUGGGCAUCCUGGUUGGCGUCAGUGUCAUCGUGCUGGUGGCCUCGCCUCUCCUCCUGCUGGCUUCGCCCUGCAUCCUGUGCUGCCUGUGCAAGCCCUGCCGAGGCAACAAGAAGAGGAGGAGGAAGAAAGAGGUUACACAGACAGACAUACAGCCAGAACCCAGCCCCACCAAGUCAUAAAGACAGACUGCUUCUACUUAGUCUCACCACGGUCUGGGAAUGGAUCCAUUCAGUCAAUUCAGGAACUGAUUUUAAUUAAUGAAUGGAAAAAUCUUCAUUGAAAAGAAUGGCUUAAUGUUCAACUAAUUCAUUGAAUUUGAAAGAAUGUAUUGAACUGACAGAAUUGAAAACUGGCUAGUACCCCGAUUCCCACCGUCUCACACACACAUACAGUACAUGACCACUGUCUACCACCCUCAUGUGCCAAACGUCACGAUGCCAAACCAGUCUUGUUAGGUGCACAAGUGCCUCCAUCCUACAGUGCCUGGUAUUUGGUGAUAUUUGUUUUGCCUUCCAUUAUAUUAUGCAAAAAUGUGUGUUGUUUAUGAAAUGAACAACUGUAAGUAACAUAGGAAAAA